UCUGUGCAACACAAGUGAGGAUGAACGACAAGAGAGUGACUUCAUCACCAUUGUCAAGCUGGAGCGCAGGGUUCCCCGCUGUCUGCCACUGCUCGACAAGGCUCGCAUGGCACUGGAUAAAGGAGCUCAGGCUGUCAUCUUUGAUGUCACCGAUGAUGCCAAUGCUGCCGCUGAGCUGCGUGAAACAGACUCCCUUCCCCGUCCUGUGGUGCUGGUGGAGGCGGAGGAUGCUGGGGAGCUGAUGGGUCUGGUUAACAAGAACGAGGAGGCCAGAGUUCGCAUUGAGAUCAUGGUGGAGCAGCCCAAAUGGCCACAUUAUGAUGUGGGAAUCCUGCUCACCAUCGUCCUGGCGAUUCUGACCAUCGUCCUGAUCUUUGCUUUCCGCUACAAGUGCAAGUCCAACAGAACCUGGGACUCCGUCCAUCAGCAGACCAUGCGAGCCAUCAGUCGUCUGGAGACCAAAACCUACAGCUCCCAGGGGUGCUCGGGCUCACAGCGACACCGAGGAGCCUGGGGAUCUGCCAGCAGCUCCAACUCCAGUCCCGUCUGUGCCAUCUGCCUGGAGGAGUUCCAGGACGGACAGGACCUGAGGAUCAUCUCUUGUGCUCAUGAGUUCCAUAAAGACUGUGUCGACCCGUGGCUGCUGCAGCACCGCACCUGUCCCCUCUGCAUGCACAACAUCAUGGGUGCAGAGCGGCAGCCCCAGAGAAACAGACUCCAGCCGACACCAGAGCACAGCCAGGGCUUCCUGCACCCUCAGCCUUACAGCAGCCCACAUAACCAUCCCUUCCCCCAGCACGCCAUCCCCUUCUCUAUGAGGCCCCACUACCCCCGUGGCCCCUCCGGGCCCUAUCCCUCUCUCGGCCACUACAGUGGCUCCUCUCCCAUGGACACCCAAACUCUACGUGUCCUUACCAGCAGGCCCCUUGGCCCUGGCUGUGGAUACCACCUCCCUGCAGAGGGCCCCGGGAGGCCCCACAGGAUAGGAGGCAACUGCAGGACGUCCACCCAUCACUACACCCCCCGUCGCUCGUGCCACAAUUAUCGCUCGUCCUGUCCAGCCCAGCGCAGCGCCUCCAGCUCCAGACUGCACCACGCAGCCUCCUCCGCCCCACACACCCGAGGAGCAACAGCCCACAGCCGGCAGGACGAGGGCAACUGCUCUGGUGGCAGCUACCGCACAGAGCGCAGUGGCUACUUGGCUGACGGACCAGCUAGUGACUCCAGCUCGGGGCCUUGCCACGGCUCCUCCAGCGACUCGGUGCUCAACUGCACCGAUGUGUCCGUGCAAGGAGUCUACGGCAGCUGGUCCACCUUCCGUAGCUCUCUGAGUAGUGACUACGAUCCCUUUGUGUACUAUGGGCCAGGCCCUGGGUGCGCACCCCGCAGGAGCAGUCUGGAGGCCGGAGCCCAGGUCCGGCCUAGGUCUCUGGAUUCUGUGGUGAACAAAGCGGGCUGCCCUGAGGAACAGCCGCAGACUGUGUUCAGCCACAUCCACUACCAUCGCCACAGACACCACCACUACGAGGAGGGGGAGCAUAGCCAGGGCCCGGGCAGGGGCUCGGAUGAGGAGCAGGGGGCCAGUGCUGCAGCAGGACCUGCUGCCCCGGCUCUGGACAAAGACUCACCCACAUGCCCUCUCAAGCAUAGCCCCUGCCAGUGCCCUAAGGCAGACCUCACAGACAGGCCCAGCCCUGGGACGGAGGCUCAGGACCGUGACCCCAGCGGACCCCCAGGACCCCCUGUCUUGGUGUCCCCGGUCCCCUUACAGCUUCAGCCUCCCUGCUGCCACCAGGGCCAUGGACAUAGCCACAGGAGGAGCGGGCGGCUGGGUGGCUGCAUGCUCGAUGGCCCAUCCGUCCGCUUCCAUCAGAGCCUGGACCUGCAGGACGACUGUAGCAUUCACAUCCACUACGGCCAGGGCCCAGGCUUCUGCUGCCCCCCUCCGGAACUGGCCCCCACCUUGUUGCCUGUGCCCCUCAUCCUGGACUCUGGGGGCAUGGAGGACUGGCCUUGCUGUGGGGGGGCCCACGUGGUGUGGCAAAAACGGGUGCAGCAGGCCCAUUCAGAGCCUCAGCUCCUGGGGCCCGGGAUAUCUAUGGACAGGCCAGCCUGCAGGUUCCACCAUGGCCCCGCCACUGACCGCAGCACAGACAUUUGUUUAUACUGCCAAACAUUACACCACAAUCAGGGAUCAGAAGAGGAGUCUGGUGUGUGAGAACUUGUUGCAUCCCCAACGUCACGCUGCUACACAGGAGCCAGAAUGGACAAGCCUCUCAUCGGCCAUCUCUCUCAACGUCUUCCAGAUAAUUCCACAGCAACGCCUUCACUCAGACGAUUCCCCAGCCUCCCCCAGCUGUCAAGCCUCACAUGUUCAAAAGUUCAGCCGGAUAUUGAGUUGGAUAUUAAUAGGAAGAUAUUAAUUCAUCCUAACGUUAACAAGAAAAUUAAUACA